ACGGCAGCGUGCGGAGACUCUUUGGCUCCCCCGCCUCCCGGCACUCUUCUCCAUCCGUCAGGAAGCAGGCGCCGUGGAGACUCAUCCGCUCCCACCUCCCUCUCUUUCUCCUCCUUCUCCAUCAGGCAGUAGGCACGGUGGAGACGACGACGAUCGCAGUCGGGGCUGCUAUAGCGGGGCCAGCAAGUCAUUUACUGAGGUCGGGUCCCUGUUGCCCCAAUGUAGAUGCGGGCCUGCACACCUCUUGUGGCUGCCCUCUCUUGAAACAACAUUGUGUUAAACUAUGUGCAAGAUCACCCCGAGUCUUUGAGUGAAGCUUCACUGAAGAAAAGAUGACUUCACAAUCUCUCUUAACUUGUUCAAGAAAACACUUCCCACUCACAGAAGAGUGAAAAUAUAUUGAUAUUGUCCUAUCUUCAAGGUGCUGAUUGAAUUAACGGUAAUGAAGUUAUGUUUUCUGCUUUUGUGUGACCGACCAAAUGUGAAUAAAUCAGAUUUCUCAUGAACAGUAAUAUUGAGUAGAUUUCUCAUGAACAUCAGGAGGACUGAAUCUAGUCUCUAGCUUUGGAGUCCUGUCACUUCUCAAUAUCCAGUGUUGUUCCUACUCCUUUCCAUGACAGUGUUGCUCAUUUCAUUAUGGGCCUCACUUUUUGAGCUUUUCUGUUCUGCUUCCUUCAAUAGUGGACACAGAGGUGCCAAUCUUUGUGCUACUUAAUUUGCCCAGCAGGAUUUACAAAACCAAACAGAUGGCUGAUCACAGUCAGGAAAAGAAGACUGUAAAAUGUAGCCAGUGCUCUGCAUCAUUUCAACCAAGCAAUGUUGUGUUUUUUUGCCAUCAUUGCAAAAAGGGCUCCAUGUCCUCUGGAGGAGCUGUAUUAGAGGCAACAGAUUCAUCUAGUUCUUCCACUUCAGUGAAUGAUUCUUCAGAAUCCCUAGGAGGCAUGUUGCUUGGCGAGUCAAAGAAACAAACCCCCUUUUUAGGAGAUAUGUCAAAACCAGAUGUAGCCUACCCUCACAGAAAAAUGCUCAUUGCCUCAGGCAGUCGAAGCAGUAAUACAGAAUACAAAGUUCCUCACACACGAAUAGAUGAUGGAGCAGCAAUUCAGCAAAUUUAUUCUUUUGGAAGAAAACUAGGGCAAGGCAGCUUUGGGGUGGUGAUUGAAGUCACGCAUAAAGAAACGGGUAUAAAGUGGGCAAUCAAGAAAAUGAACCGGGAAAAGGCUGGGAGUUCUGCUGUAAGACUACUUGAACGGGAAGUGAGCAUCUUAAAAAGAGUAAACCAUAAGCAUAUAAUACAUCUUGAAGAAGUAUUUGAGACUCCUAAGCGUAUGUACCUUGUAAUGGAGCUGUGUGAAAAUGGAGAACUUAAAGAGAUUCUUCAAAGAAAAGGUCAUUUUACAGAGAAUGAGACAAGGCACAUAAUUCAGAGUCUUGCAUCAGCAAUUGCAUAUCUUCACAGAAAUGAUAUUGUUCAUAGAGAUCUGAAAUUGGAAAACAUUUUAGUUAAAAGCAGUGACAUUGAUGAAGAGAAUGAAAUGAAAUUAAAUAUAAAGGUGACUGAUUUUGGUUUAGCUGUACAAAAGAUGGGAGGAAGUGAAAGCAUGUUCCAGUCUACCUGUGGGACUCCUAUCUACAUGGCCCCAGAAGUGAUCGGUGCCCAUGACUAUAGCCAGCAGUGUGAUGUUUGGAGCAUAGGUGUCAUUAUGUAUAUGCUAUUAUGUGGUGACCCACCUUUUAUGGCAGGCUCAGAAGAAAAACUUUUUGAAGCUAUAAAAAAAGGAGAUCUUCACUUUAAACAUUCAAUCUGGGAAUCAGUCAGUGAGACUGCCAAACAUGUGUUGCAGCUGCUUCUGAAAGUAGACCCUGCCCACAGAAUCACUGCCAAUGAACUGCUUGACAACCAAUGGAUAAGAGGUGAAACAGACAUAGUUCAGGGACCAUUCAAUGUCCUUGAAUUGAUGAAGAAGUGGCAUAAUAGCACCAGCACUGAGAGCAGAGAACCGGGCUCUGUGGAAGACCAAAUGAAUGCUGCAUCAACCACUACAUUACAGGUAGAAAUCCGCGAAGGGCGAGAGAGCCCGAUCAGCAGCAAUGGCAACUCAGAGACCAGUAUUGAAACAGAGACAGAGAGUGGGAGCAGCAAACCUUCCACGCCAACAAAACAGGUUAACAAGAAAAAAAAUCACACCAGUGCUUUACCAAAUGGGACACUUAGAAAGAAGAGUUCAUCUCUCAAGUCAAGUUCUAGUAUUCAGAGUGGUGGAGCUGGGUCAGUGAUUCCAGGGUCAGUGUCAAAGCCGAACCAGGACAACCAAGAGAAGAAAAUAGAAUUGGAUAAGUCAAGUCAAGGACUGGCAAACAAAAAUACACAAAAAUCAGCUGCAACUAGUAGCCUACAAAAAACCAAGAAGAAAUCUUAAGAGGAGAUCAAUCUGCUCAAAAUGCAGUUCUUAUAAAGUAACUAUCGCCGGUGCCAAAAUGUGACUGUAUAAAAAGACCAAUGUAGUCUGAACUCCAAAGCAUCUUUUCGUUGUUGUUUUGAGACCCGUAACAGACGAGAGAGGUCUAGCUUCACAGUAGCGCUGAUAAAAGUUCUAAAGCAGUGUGAAUUCCUAACCUUUAUGAGGGCAUCCACUGAUAGUAUUACUUUCAGAGCACAGAAUUGUCUGAAAAAGCUGUCUUAUUUAUUUUAGAUGAGCAGGCAUUAUUUAGGCUAGGCUAGCAACCUACUCCUUUGAAUCUAUUUGCUGUGUGUUGCCUAAAAUUGCUUAGUAUUGUCACAGAGGUUUGGGGGGUGAGCUGGGUGGAAAAGAAGCCACUGUAUGCAGUGGCUAGGUGGGUUUUUUUUAAAAAAAAUAAUUCUAUUCAUUGUGCACCUGUAAGAAUGUGCUAGGACUUUGCUUAUAACUGUGGUUUUGUAAAGCAUACCACCGUCAAUGAAAUUUGUUUCUAAUAUUUGUAUGUCACUAAAGAUGCCUUAGAGAACUUAAUUUAAAUAUUUUAGGUACUAUAUAAUUGCUGAGGUUCUUGCUGCUACAAACUCUUGUGUGUUUAAAUAAAAACAAGUGUUAGAAAAAUGUU